UCUGUGUAGUAUAACAGACGUACAUGCUGGUGCCAGGCGUAAAGCCUUGGUUAAACGGGUGGGCCUGAUGGAAGAGGAGAUCAAUUUAUUGAAACAUACAACUGUUACUGAGACUAAAAUGAUUGAAAACUUUGAAGAGUUGAAGUCGUCACUGAAAGAAGAACUGACCAAAACAUUCGUUCCUCCCUUGAUCAAGCGCUUAGUCAAACAAGCUAUUGCCGACAUCAUGAAAGAAGACUACAUUGGGAAUAUCAUCAGCGCACAUAUGGUCAAUGAAGUUCAAAGCCUAAAAGCCAAUGUAGAAAACACAACGACACAGCUUAAUGUAGUAACACAAGAGUUGAGAUAUGUCCAACGGGAAAGAGACAUUUACAGAGAAAGUCUCGAAAGAGCACAUGGCGAGUUGACCAAAGACAUCCUUGCAUUACAGAUGCAGCUGACUGGCCUUACGGAGGACUUGAUGACACUGAAUAUGACUUGUUGUUGGACGAGGAAAGAGAUUAAAGAGGAUGAUGUUAAUCAAAGUUCGCUGACAACAUCGUCGUUGUCACAGGUGUUAUUCACGACUUCGGCCACGACGUAUCCUGGAACUACAUCAGCCUCGACGACUGACCCGAGUCAGGGUCCGAGCCCGAGCAAGACGGUUCCGCCAGUGCCAGUGACGACACAAUACACUGAUCUACAAGCCUCGACGACUCACCCUAGUGAGGAUCCGAGCCCGAGCAAGAUGGUUCCAUCAGUGCCAGUGGAGACACAAGACUCUGAUCCAAUCGCGACUCCAUCACAGGCAGACAGCGACCUCUACUCCGCCAGCAUGAACGGUGACCUGGAGGCUGUGAGGCGGAUCUUGUCAGCGGGUCACGUGAACAUCAACACUAGAAGAGGAUGGGGCUGGACACCGGUGAUGGCGGCAGCACGGUAUGGACACAGGGAUGUGGUGGAGUUCCUUGUGGGUAGAGGGGCUGAUGUGUCACUGGUGAACAGGGACGGUAACAACAUCCUUCACUUGGCCUGUUAUGGUGGAGACUUGGAGACUGUGAAGCUAAUCCUGUCACUGAACGUGGUGGACGUCAACAGUAGAGGAGGACGGUACAGCAGGACACCAGUGAUGGAGGCAGCAGUGUAUGGAUACAGAGAUAUGGUGGAGCUCCUUGUGGGUAAAGGUGCUGAUGUGUCACUGGUGGACAAUAGGGGUUACAACAUAAUUCACUACGCCAGUCUGUAUGGACACCUGGAGACCGUGAAGCUGAUCCUGUCACUGAACGUGGUGGACAUCAACGCCAGGACCAACUACGGGGACACAGCGGCUGACAUGGCGAAACGCUGGCGACAUCAGAAAAUGGUGGAUUUCCUGGUGUCACGUGGGGCUCACUGAAGUCAGUGUAGUGUUGGUGUAGACAGAAACGCAGCCCAUGUCGUUACUGACACGAACGUGGUUUGUGCCGUUCAUGUGGUCGUGUGUCAGCGUUCACGAUUCAGGUGAUUUCCUUUUUUCUUUCUGAAUAUAAAUAAAACAUGUAUUUUCAGA